CAGAUCAACAAAAGAUUGCUAAAAUAGAAAUGGUGUAUAUUUUUCGAUAAGCUCAAGAUAUUCAACGUAAUCUGCUGUAGUUUUGUAGCUUGUGACCAAUUCGUGUUUGAAUCAAAACGAAAUACAACUGCGUAGUUGCUAGUGCACUAGGAAAAUCAAUCACACCAGGAAAUCUCUUUUCGUACAAUUGGUGCCACAUGAAGUGUUUGUAAAAUCUAAUUAGUGGAAACAGGUUGAAGGACGCCUAAAAAGUGUUGAUAGUGCACUAGUAUACGGAAACGUGCACCAUGAGAGAAAGAGGUUACGAAAAUAGACGCCUUAAAGUGGUAGCCUUAUGCGUGCUUUUGGGUGUUACUUGCAUGGUUCCAAAGGUGGAAGCAUUGAAGACCAAAAGUCGCAGCAAAAGCUCUUCUUCGUCAUCCUCAUCGGGUCGAGUUUCGAAACCUAGCUCGACCAGUUACAGCAAUCCGGGGAGUCUAAGCUACAACAACUACCAGUCGAAACCAGCCCCACCGAAGCCAGCUCCGAAACCGUCUGCUCCGGUCGAUACCUCGAACCAGCGCAACAUUGGAUGGAACGUGAACAAUCAGGCAAAACCAGCAGGUUCUGUUGCACAGCCUGCCGUCAAUAAGCCCCCGUAUCCGGUACAGACUAAUGCAGCCAAGCCACCAUAUCCGGUACAAGCAUCUCAUAACACACACCAGACCCAUUCCGCUCCUGGUGCUCCUCCGCCACCAUACUCCCAUGGGCCACCGCCACCAUAUUCAGCCGUAAACAAUCCUAACAUGAACUCGCGCUUCAAUGAACAACCGCCGAUGUAUAGCCCGGGAAAUCAAGGUUUUCGACCGGGUCAACCAGGUUUUGGUCAACCGGGCGCGUACGGUCAACCGGGAGGAUAUGGACAACCAAUGGGAGGAUAUGGUGGAGGUGGAUAUCAUCCUCCAGCAACCGGAUUUGGUGCACCACAUGGCACAUUUCAGGGUGGUGGCUUUGCGCCGCCGGUAAAUAAUGCUCCAGCACCUUCGUUCCCCGUCGCGGCCAUUCCGGUUGGUGCAUACAAACCACAAAGCUCUGGAAUUGGAGUGGGUGGGAUUGCAGCUGGUAUUGGAACGGGUUUGAUAGCAGGAGCGGCAGGAUCGGCUCUUUACAAUGCACUCCGUCCGGAAGACCGUGGACGGUACCGUGAUAACGGUGUAACGAUUAUUAACAAUGUUCCCGCUGCUCCUGCUGCCCCUGCUGCCGGUGCUACUCCAGUCGAAGGAGCCGCAUCAGGCCCAGUUCAAGCUUCUGGAGUUGCUGCUGUACCGAAUGCACCUGCACCAUCUAGUACCAAUGGUCAGUCAGCUGUCCCGCUAGCACCAAUGCAAGGAGCUACCGAUAAUUCGAAUCCAAUUGCUCAAGCUCCAGUUCAAACUGCACCCGCUGAAACUACCACAGUUGAUCCGAAUGCUAAGCAGUAUAUUCCACCGCCUGGUCAGUAUUAUCCCGCCACCGGGCAGUAUGUCCCUCCAGGCGAAUACGAUCCGGCAACGGGAAUCUUCACACCGGGACGGUACAUACCCGAUACGAACAUCUUCCAGUCGGGUCUGUACGAUCCUUUGUCUCAAAUGUUUACUCCCGGCCGUUAUGAUGCCAAUGGACAGUUCAUGCCGGACCCGGAACAUCCACCAUUGUCAUUGGCACCAAAUAAUAGUCCAGCCCAACCGGAGACAGUCACACCCGCCGUUGCAUCACAGUUUAAAACUACGAGUGGAACCUCCAUGCAGAGGAUGUCGCUUUUAACGGCCCUGGGGGCGAUGAUCCUUUCGGGAAGCUUUCGUCUGAUCAUUAGCUUUUAAUUUCUGUCUAGUCCUUUAAGGAUCGAUUACAAAUCGAUUAAUGAAGCUUUGAAUACGUGCAUUUCAGUUUAGGCUUGUUUUAUAUUCAUGAAUGACGACUUGGUCGUAUUGCUUUUUAAAACUGUUUUAAGCAACAUUUUUGCAACAUAAUUGCCAUAAAAAUUAUCUAUCUCCACUAAAGCAGCUUCAGGUCUUUAAAAGGCUUCAGGUCUUUAAAAAUUGGCAAGCAGCGUUUGAGUUUGCACAGUUCGUACUAAAACCGUAUUUAGUAAUUACCAAGUUAACAUAGUUUAGGAAUGGCCAUCGCUUCUGUUACAGCUAAAGCGAUUUUUUAAGUGACUUUUCUUUCUAUAUGUGAUCUGUUCAGACUGUAUUAGCUUUACUUCAGUUACAGUAUUACAGCACGUACGAUUUGAUCACUGCUAUCAUUCUUACCUAAGUCUUUUGUGAGAAUCACAAUAAUAAGAGAUAAUGGCAACAAUGCCUAGAUAAGUAGAUAACUUGUUGGAUGUCUAAAUGUCUUAGGUACCCCAAUCCCAAACUUGUCGAUUGUAAUAAACAAUAACACUUUCUUUAUCUAUUUCGCGCUCUCUGGUAGACAUACAUGUAGAUGAUAAUGUGACUCCAUUGUUUGGAGUGUAAAAUUAACAUUUUCUACGGUAUUUUCUAAAUUGUGAAUGAGGCCAAAACAUUUAUUUACUUCAACCGGAAGAACCUUUACCACUCUCUUUACCUGUGCUAUAUUUUUCUUCAGAAAUGUCGUGUCUUAAUGUUUGUAGCAUUUAAAGCGUACCAAUAAUGAACAAGUAUAAUUAAAUAGAGUAAAGUUUACACCAGUGUAGAAUGUAAGCAACCACCGUAACAAUUACUAUACAAUGUAUGAUGUAUGUCACCAAAAUGAAGUGAAUUUGUAUCAAUUUUCUUUGGUCGGCAGUGCCGGAAAGCAUGUAGAAUUGUUUACAAAACACGAUUGUAGCACUGCAUAUUUGGGCAUCAUUAGUACAUUAGACAUGGUACAGAAGAAAGUAGUGGAUUAAAAAGUAAAAUUUUAUUGCAAGCAUCGCGUCCACUAACACCUAUGAGCACUUCCAUAAGAACCACAUCAAUUGAUUAUUUAAAUGUAAAUCUUCUAUUGCGGUGCUGUUGAAACAAUUAGGGACAUACACCAGAAUCGAAAAGCUUUUAAAAUUCCAUUAGAUUUUAUGCUAACAGCCGUGCGUUAUUUUAUAAACAGCACUUUGUUUACUCACAUUGCAUGAAUGAAACAAUAAAAUAAAAUUUGAUGCCAGAAAAAA